AUGAAUACUAAUGGUGGUAGUGCUCAGAGCAUUGACAAGAAAAAAGAAACACAUUUACGAUGUGAAAGACAACGUCGUGAAGCAAUAAAUAAUGGGUAUAAUGAAUUAAGAGAAUUAUUACCACAAUCAAUGUCUUCAUUAGGUUGUAAAACGACAAAUGCAUCUAUUUUGUUUCGUUCAUCAGAUUACAUUCAACAAUUAACAGCAAAACUAGAAAACCAGGAAGAAGAAUUAUCAAAAUUAAGAUCAAAAGUUGCAGCUCUUCAAAUGAUAGCAAGUGAAUAUGAAAAUCUUUCUAUGGAAAAUUAUCCACAAUUAGAAGAAUCUCGUGAUCAACAAGCAUUAAUAAGAUUAUUAGAAAUGGUAUUUGAAAGUUUUAAAAAAGAUGUUGAUACGAGUGAUUAUGAAAAAUUAACAAAAACAUUACUUGCAUGGGUUGAGAAAUUAGAUUACAAAUCAAUAUCAAUUGAAGCUUUGGCACACCUGUAUACAACUAAUGCAUAA